AUGGCGUCGUUCAAGCCCGCGGUGGUGAUCGACAAUGGCACAGGAUACACCAAGAUGGGAUAUGCCGGCAAUGCCGAGCCUAGCUACAUUAUCCCAUCCACGAUAGCGGUGGGCGGCAGCGACUCCAGCACCGUUCGCAGUCGCCAGGGCAUCGAUGAUCUGGACUUUUACAUCGGCAACGAGGCGCUGGACCACGCGUCUACCCACCAGGUUAACUACCCGAUUGCGCAGGGCAUCGUGCAGAACUGGGAUAACAUGGAGAAGCUCUGGCAGCGCUGUCUCUUCCAGCACAUGCGUUGCGAACCGGAAGAGCACUACAUGCUGCUCACAGAGCCUCCGCUCAACCCACCUGAGAACCGCGAGGCCACAGCUGAGAUCAUGUUCGAGACCUUUAAUGUCCCUGGACUGUACAUCGCAGUGCAGGCUGUGCUAGCACUGUACGCGUCUUGGCCCAAGAUUAAAGACCCAUCGCAACGCUCACUCACGGGUACGGUCAUUGACUCGGGUGACGGUGUGACGCACGUUAUCCCCGUUGCCGACGGCUACGUCAUUGGCAGCUGCAUUCGCCACAUUCCGCUGGCCGGACGCGACGUCACCCACUUUAUCCAGAAGAUGCUGCGUGACCGUGGCGAAGCUGUGCCUCCCGAGGAGUCACUGGAGGUCGCGAAGCGCGUCAAGGAAGCACACAGCUACGUGUGCUCGGAUCUGGUCAAGGAAUUCAAAAAGUAUGAUACCAAGCCGGAUAAAUACUUUUUGAAGUACUCGGACCUGCACCCACGUACCAAGCAGCCAUGGGAGAUCGAUGUCGGAUACGAACGUUUCUUGGCUCCUGAGAUUUUCUUCAACCCAGAGAUUUUCUCCACGGAUUUUACAACGCCGCUGCCCAAUGUGGUGGAUGAAGCGAUCUUGAAGUGCCCCAUUGACACGCGACGUGGACUGUACAAGAACAUUGUGACGCAUGUAGGGCACGAGCUCCAUGCCGAUCUGACCCGUGCCGCCGGUCACGAGGAUGCGAUUGGGGCUGGUAGACUGCGAGAAGGCACGGGCGGCAGGGCGAACGGCGCGUUGCAGACGAGUGGCCGAGAUCAUCUUGAGCAGAGUAGCGGUCGGGUAGGCAGGAGCUGGCAGAUGAAGAAAUGGCAACCCCGGUGCUCAGCGCAGCGCCAACUCACUCGUCUCCAGUUGUCAGACGUCAUUCGGGCCCAUUGA